AUGGACAGACCUUUUGACCCGAAAAUCCAGAUGCAGGUGGAUCCCAACGAGGACACCGAGUGGAACGACAUUCUGCGUGAGAAGGGAAUCAUCCCGCAGAAGGAGAAGGACCCCACAGAAGAGCUCGAAGAGGCCCUUGCUGAGGCCGUUCAGAGACAGCACGAGAACAGACUCGACAACAAGACGCUAGACGAGCUCGACGAGCUCGAGGACGACGAGGACGAGGAGUUCCUCGAGUCGUACAAACAGAAACGGAUGGCCGAGAUGAACAAGCUCGCCGCCAAGGCCAAGUACGGCUCCGUGUACCCCAUCACAAAACCAGAGUACAAGCAGCAGGUGACCGAGGCGUCGCACGAGUGUUUUGUCGUGGUGCACAUGUCGCUGCAGAGCGCGUUGCAGUCGCGUCUGUUGGCCAGCAUCCUCACGCAGAUCGCUCCCAAACUGCCCGAGGUCAAGUUUGUCGACAUCCCGGCAGAUCGAGCCGUGGAAAACUACCCAGAGGCCAACUGUCCCACGCUGCUGGUGUACCACGACGGCGACGUGGUGAAACAGACCGUCACGUUGGCGCAACUGGGCGGCAACCAGACAAAACUCGCCGACGUGGAAACGUGGCUGUGCAGCGCCGGCGUGGCCAGCGAAACAGACUCCAGGCUGUCGGUGAACCAGCUGGACGACGAGGAUGUGGAGGAGUCGCGGCAAGCCCGAUUUGUCAAGAAGUCGCUCCGACAGUCCGCCACGUCGGACAACGACGACGAUUUCUUCGACUAG